GUGUACUGAUGCUCUUUCUGCUGAGAAGUACUAUUAUUUUAUUCGGCUAAUGGGUCGUAAAGCUUCUCAUGUUGCCUUGGAGUGCACUCUUCAAUCUCAUCCCAAUAUGGUCAUUCUUGGUGAAGAGGUAGCAGCAUCAGAACUUACUCUAUUUGACAUCACUAAGCAGAUUUGUGAUGCAGUCCAAGCCAGAGCAGAACAAGAU